AUGGGCGCGCGGCGCAGGGAGAGGCCACGGCGGCGAGAGAAAAAGAGGAAAACAGGGGAGCGGAGAAGGGGCGGAGGUGAGGGAACGGGGCUCCACUGUACCCGGAGGGCAGAGGCGGCGCUGCCAGAGGAGGACAGCGCCGGGGAAGGAACGAGGGGGGUUCCCAAAAGCUUUCCCCUCGGCGACCAGCCGGCAGGUCUCCUGCAUCUCGCUCUUCCUGCAUCUCGCUCAUCUCGCUUACCUGGGAACAGGAGACGCAAGGAGGGCUACCGCCGGGCGCCGAAUCUGUUUCCAGCCCCGCUCGCUGACAUGGCGGCCGACGAGCUGUCACAGAGGUUGCUCAGGUCUCCCGCCGGUCGGGUGGAGGAGACACCUCUCGCCUUCCCGCCCCGCCUCCUUCUGCGCACCCCUCCCGGCAGGCGGGCGGGCGGCCGGCCGGCGGCCAGCGACCGCGGAGCAUAG